UGUGCACUCGCGCGCAUGCGCAGUGCAAUGCGCGCCGUCCGCCUCAUGGCCGCCGCCGUGGGUACCAGGAGCGGGGCCGUGGCCGGACCCAAGCGGCCGCGGUCCGAGCCCGCCGUGAGCAUCGGCACCCACGAUGGCACCUUCCACUGCGACGAGGUGUUGGCGUGCUACCUGCUGCGCCUCCUGCCCCGCUACCGGGAUGCGGAGGUGGUGCGAACCCGGGACCCCCAGCGCCUGGCCCAGUGCGAUGUGGUUGUGGACGUAGGGGGUGAGUACGACCCUGAGCGACACCGCUACGACCAUCACCAGAGGUCCUUCACACAGUCCAUGCGGAGCCUGCGGCCUGACAAGCCGUGGACCACGAAGCUGAGCAGCGCCGGGCUGGUCUAUUGCCACUUCGGCUCCCAGAUCCUCGCGGGGCUCCUGGGGCAGCCAGAGGACAGCCCUGUUGUGACAGCGCUCUACGAUAAGCUGUAUGAGAACUUUGUGGAGGAGAUCGAUGCCAUCGACAACGGCAUCGCACAGGCAGAGGGGGAGCCCCGCUACGCCCUCACCACCACCCUCAGCGCCCGCGUGGGACACCUGAACCCCCGCUGGAACGACCCCGACCAGGACACCGAGGCGGGGUUCAGGCGGGCGAUGGAGCUGGUCGGGGGUGAGUUCAUGGACCGACUCGACUACUACCACCGCGCCUGGCUGCCCGCACGGGCACUGGUGGAGGAAGCCAUCCGUCGACGCUUCGAGGUGGAUGCGAGCGGGAUGGUGCUGGAGCUCCCGCAGGGCGGCUGCCCCUGGAAGGAGCACGUCUUCAGCCUGGAGCAGGAACUGGCGCUGCCCAAACCCCUCCAGCUGGUGCUUUUCGCCGACCGCAGCGGGCAGUGGCGGGUGCAGAGCGUCCCGACGGGGCCACACACCUUCCAGAGCCGCCUCCCUCUCCCCGAGCCCUGGCGAGGCGUCCGGGACGAGGCGCUGUCCCAGCUCACCGGCAUCCCCGGUUGCGUCUUCGUACACGCCAGCGGCUUCAUCGGAGGCAACCGCACGCGGGAGGGGGCGUUGGAGAUGGCCCGGCGGACGCUGGCGCAGCGGCCUGAGGCGGGGGCGCAGAGCGGAUGAGCCCCCUCCCAUCACCGUCACCCCAAAAGGGACCCCUUGCCCUGCGUGGGGGCGGUUCCAGGGACGGCUGGGAUCAUCCCGCAUGGCAUGCGUAAUGGGAUCGUGGUGGGAUGCUAACUGGGAGCUGGCUCCCCCCCAGGGGUGUUGCUUCUACCAGUCCCAGUGUUGGACUGGUGCAAACCCAGUCAGAGCCCAAACCACGAGACUUCUUGGAUCCAUUUCUCUGAAGGUUGUCCCCAGUCUUGAUAUGUAUCUGCUGCCAACAGGUUUCCAACGCCAGUAAAAACCAGUGUGUUCCUA